CUUUGCUAUAAACGUUGCUCGAUGACCCAGUGACUUGCAAUCCAUUCGUUCUCUCGCAUGAACUCUCGCAAUCAUCAACCUCGCUGGAAACGUAUGAUCGCUAUGAAGAAAUCCUCAAUUCCUUCCAUCUCUCUUGUCUUCGGAGAAGCACAGCAGGUUUCGUCGUCCCAAACCGCAGCUGAGAAGCUACCCCAGAUCCUGCGCAAAGCUAGUCCCAAUUCUACAUGCUCAAUUUCAGAGGCUCGGUCAGAGCAGUCUUUGGAAGAGAUACCAGUCUCUGCUUCUGUUGACCAACCCGCCAUUGCCCACGAAGCAGGGCAACUUGACGUGCCGACCACUCGUGCUCAAUGUGCAUCACUGUUAGCGGCGGAAGGCUCACAUCCUAUUCCUACGCCGCCUAGUAAGAGUGACAUGACGGUUGUGCAAUCAGGUGCAUCUGCGGUCUCCGUAGAUUCAACAGCACCUGUUUCGUCUGAUCCUUCUGAUCCUCUCCCUCGUGAUAUCUCUGUUGCAACCUCGUCUCAAAAGUCUUCUUGGUUCGCUUCGUGGACCCGAGGAAAAGGCGAAGGGCUACCUGACUCCGGCGUCGAGACGACCCGACGCCCGACUUCAGUGCAAGCGUCCGGGAAGGGAUCUUCGAUGUUUUCAGAAACUGUACAUUCGGAAACUCCUACCGUCUCUUUAGUUUCAAAACUACCUAUUCUCAGUAUAACCGAAGAUGGUCAGCCAGUCAGGGAAAGCAUUCCUACGCCAACCCUUCCACAGGAUAUACCUACGAGACUACAUUCAAACUAUCCGCUAACUACUUCUCCCCAUUCGGCAUCAUAUUCAUCUUCCUCUUCGCCAGCAGCCCAUCACUCUCGACCUGGCACCGCUCCCACACCCUCGCCGCUGGACGAGGAUGUGCCUAAACUUCCUCCCGCCAAGUUGUCUCCAGCGAGUCCGUCCACUGUUCUGCGAAGUGGUGAUGCAUCACAUUCUACUUUGACGCUCAAUCACUCUACUAGCCGGUUUACACUGAGCAUCCCUUUACUUGGGCGACCAAAGCUUCCUCUUGAACAGACUGUUGCUGCAGCUCAACUUGACGAUAACAGAAAUAUGACGCUGCAAGCAGAUUCAUCUCUGCCUUGCAAGCAACAAUCGAGUACGCAAGAGUCCAUACCUCUCGCUACAGAGAGGCCUUCUGCAGCUGUCACAGAGACGACUGAGGUGAAUGUCACGGCAAAUGUUAUAGCUCAGCUUGAGGAGAAGGGUACUGCAGGUGCCACUGAAGCUACUAACGCGCAAACAGACACAUGGUGGUCAUAUCUUGGAUGGGGUGGUACUCGACCGUCCGGUGCUCAACCGCAUGAAAGUGAGAUAGAAAUUGAAAAUGCUCCCACUAUCUCGGUUGUUCCCGAUGCACUGCCCCUGCCAGUUGGUGAGAUGGUACCACAGCCAACCGUCGAUUCCGAGACCGUUGUUCCUCAGAAGUCGGAAGAUGGCACUGAGGAACAAAUCGCAUCACAGGAGGCCCCCUCCGUGCUGUCCGCUGACGCAUCAGGAUCGCAAGGCUCUGCAUGGUAUUCCCCGUGGUCGUGGUACCAAACCUCGUCUACUCCCGUGAUAUUGACAAGCUCUCCUUCGGACACUCAAGCGGUUACCGGUGGAGAGGGGAACGUGCAGCCGGAGCUCAACAAAGAUGAUGAACUUUUAACACAUGCGACCAGUGCUGUUCCCCCUUCGCCGGAGCCACAAGUUCCUGCUAGCGAAGCAAAUCCGAUUUCAUCGACAAUUACCAAUAACAGAUCCGGCUGGAUCUCCUUUUUCUCAGCUCGAGCAGUGGCGAUGAAGAGCAUUACAAACGAAAGUCACAAUAAAGAAAUGGAAGUUAUGGAUUUGGACGAAGAUGAAGCUAGUCUAACUGUUGGCCCUCCAUCAUCGGCCACUUGUUCCAUUCCGUUGAACAAGGAAGUCAACUCACCAUCUCCGGGUCUAACAAGUGUACCGCCUGUUACUCCUCCCUCUUCAUCUCCAGCUCAAAAACCCGAGGACAAAUCUACAACUAAUGGCUCGGCCAAUAUUUCAGACGCCGUCCGGCGCGGUGCCAAGCGCCCACCAUCUCCGACGCCUUCGAAGAAGUCAGGGGUGAAGACGCCCACAGUCCCUCCUCCUCCGAACUUGGUCCUGCCUACAUGGGAGGAUACUUUUCACACGCAGCCUCGCGCCUAUGUACCUGCUCAGCCUCCAUCUGCCCUUUCCAAGACCUUUCAAUAUGUCAGCGAGGUACUCUUUGCGCGUGAUGAAACUGUCACCCACAAGAAAGGCAAGGGAAAGGCUCGAGACAGGCCUAUGGAACCGUAUGAAAAGGCACUCCCACGCUCGUGGGAUGUGAUCGGAGGACAGGAACAACAGGACGUGCUUAGAGGAUGUCAGAGGGCAGUUGUGAUUGGCGUGCACGGGUGGUUCCCUGGUGCUGUCAUGCGGACGGUUAUCGGAGAGCCGACUGGGACGAGUUCAAAGUUUGUGAACAUGGCUGUUCAGGCUUUGGAAGAAUUCCAAGACAAGCACAACGUGAAACUCUCCAAGAUCACAAAGAUACCCCUCGAAGGCGAAGGCACCAUCAGCCGCCGAGUCGAUAAAUUGUAUCAGAACCUGAUCGGGAAUAAGGAAUGGAUGGAUGACCUCCAGAAUGCCGAUGUAAUCUUUUUCGCCACGCAUUCCCAGGGAUCAAUUGUUUCGACUCACAUCUUGGAUCGCCUCAUCGCCGAAGGGCACAUCCGAACAGCAGCACGUGACUUGGUUGCCGCCGCAGUUGAACUUGCUUCUGGUAGCACCAGUGUCGCACUCCCCCCGCAAAGGGUGUGUUGCCUGGCCCUGUGUGGAAUUCAUCUUGGACCGCUGAGAUACCUAAGCACGAGCUCAUUAGUCCUACCUUAUAUCCAGUACUUCGAGUCGAUUGCUGCCAGGGAGCUAUUUGAAUUCCAGAAUACCGACAGUCAGAUUUCCAGAGACUACGUAAAGGCCCUGGGAAACGUUCUGGAUAAUGGAGUUAAGAUGGUGUAUAUUGCGUCCUUGAAUGACCAAGUAGUAGGGCUAUACUCUGGGCUGUUCACUUCAGUGACGCAUCCCUUAAUCUUGCGUGCAUUGUAUAUUGAUGGAGAUGCAUACCAUUCCUCAGAUUUCCUGUCCAAUCUCCUCGUUCUCCUGCUACGUAUUCGAAAUGCAGGGCUGUCAGACGGUGGGCUCCUUACUCAUUUGUCGGAGGCAACCGCAGGGUCGCUGAAUGGGGUUGGACAUUCAACCGCAUACGAAGAGACUGCUACAUAUUCCUUCGCAAUCAGCUACCUUUUUCUAUCCGACUCUGGACAGCAACCACAAGUUGAGCUUGCGAUGGAGCCAUUUGAUGCCCGAACGGAGCAGAAUGACUACGAGAUCCCCUGGGCGCUCCGUGACCUCAUUGCUGAUGAUCGGGUCGCCGAGCUCUUCUCAGAUGAUUUUAUUCGUCUCCGAGAUGCUUUCCGAGACUGGCAACCCAAGACUGCAAUUUUGCGUGAUGUAAAGAGGAAGCUCCAGCCGAUUCAACGCCUUUCAUCGACCAUGAUAUUCAGACAUGCCGAAUCUAUGAGCAAACUAUGAUUCACCCCCGUCGCAGGAUCUGAUCGAUGGAGCUCGCCGUUUCAAUCUACUCACAUUGCGUCACUAGAUUUUCACACACCACAGACCUAAUACUCUUGAAACAAUUUCCCCCGUCACUGUAUAUCAUUCAUUUGCAUCGCCCCUUGCAGCCGGCACUCACAAAUAUAUAUAAUUCAUUGAGAACAUUGCGAUGCAGGAAAAAGUAAGUUCCGAAGUCCAGAGAGUGCGGAUGCGGAUCCACGACCUCCGGAUCUUACACACUAAACAGUACAGCAAACACGGCGUACAGAACUAUCGGA